GACUCGGCGGGCGCCGGCGACCGCCGCAGCAACCGUUCUUUUCGCUUUCCCACGAUGCCCCGGAAGCCCAAGCGGAAGGCUCCGGCCUCGCCGGCGGCGCACGGCACCUCGCCGGAACCCUACCCUUCCCACGCCUCUCCCUCCCCUGCGCAAUGCCUGGCCGUCCGCGACGCGCUGCUCGGGUUCCACGGCUUCCCCGAGGAGUUCGCGCCCUUCCGCCGCCUCCGCCUCGGCGGUCGCUCGCCAGAGGAUUGCAGCUGUGACUCCCCUCCGCCUCCUUCCCCCACCGUCCUCGACGGGAUCGUCACCACCCUCCUCUCCCAGAACACCACCGAGGCCAUCUCCCGCCGCGCCUUCGCCUCCCUCAAGGCCGCAUUCCCCUCCUGGGACCAGGUGGUGGACGAGGAGGGGACGAGGCUGGAGGACGCCAUCCGCUGCGGCGGGCUGGCGGCGACGAAGGCCGCGAGGAUACGGGCGAUGCUGAGGGGCGUGAGGGAGCGGAGGGGCAAGAUUUGCCUCGAGUACCUGCGGGAGCUGUCGGUGGAUGAGGUGAAGAGGGAGCUAUCGCAGUUCAAAGGAAUCGGGCCAAAGACCGGAUGGUGCGUGCCAUGGGUGAAGCAAAAGACAUUGCUUUGGAUUUGUUGUAAAGGGGGACUGGUGGCAUGCGUGCUGAUGUUCUAUCUUCAGAAAGAUGAUUUUCCAGUAGAUACUCAUGUACAUCGCAUUACAAAGGCUAUGGGUUGGGUUCCAGUAACAGCUAGCAGGGAGAAAGCAUACAUUCAUCUAAACAAUAAGAUCCCAGAUGAUCUGAAAUUUGAUUUGAAUUGUCUUAUUGUAACUCAUGGGAAGCUUUGCCAAACAUGUGCCAAAAAGAUGGGAGGUGAGAAAAGCAAGGUUCCCAAUGCUGCCUGUCCACUAGCAAGUUACUAUUGUGUUGGUGAAAAGCUUCAGCAGUAGUUUAAGGCAUCAUUAAUGGCUGUUGGUGCUUUGAUAAGAGGUUGCAAAACCUUGCAACAGCGCUAGCAGCAAAAGGAUUUUGCAAAGCUGUGGUUCAAUGAAAAGCAGAAUGGAUAGUUUCAUCCUGAUGUUUCAGAUUUUGCCAUUGGGGAGCUUCCAGCUCUAUGGUAAUGGGCUAUAUCCCUACAUGCAAACUCAUUGCUUCCAACUAAGAAAUUCCAACGAGAAGCAGCAGAAUGGAGAAUUGGAGAUUAUCUACUUAUCAAAACAUACAACCGGCUAGAGAAGUUCCAACGAGAAUCAGAGCGAUGGCAUUAGUAACUUACUGAAAGAUAUCAUGCUGGUUAUACAGUGAAGAAAAUUGUGAAUAGUGCGGACCCAACCUAUUGUAUGCUCAUGGUCCCUCCCAACUUUCUAAUGCACGCGAUCUCUUGCGCCUGAUGGGGUGGCUUGUGACUUUCAGAGCAGGCAUUUGCUGACACUGUUCAAAAGGUUCUGCUGUGUUUGAUGGUUGCAAGCUUAAGCUGAGCGUCCCCGUCCCACCUGCUUGAAGAGUUGAAGCGGAUGUCUACACUUGAGUUCAACUGUGGAAACUUGGGAGCUUUGGAUGGACAAGAUGUGGAUCAUUGAUGGGCAUUUCGUACUUCAUACUUCGAAUUGAAGCAGAGCAAUGUGCCAUGCUAUGCUUCCAUGCGAUCUGAUUGGCCGGGCGGCUUGCUUCAUGCUCACAUGAAGUUUAACUACCGGCAUCACCGGCUGCAGCUAGAAGUUUUGUUGUGCUGUAAUGUAAUGCACUUUCAACAGGUGAAAUCCGGGAGCCUUGUCUUUCUGGGAACAUCUGGUGUGAAAGUCCAACGCUUUUUGACCUUUCUCCGAGAAGUAACCGCCACUUUUGUAUAUUUUGGAGUGAAUCUUUAGCCACUCAUGAAUCAUGAUCCACUU